UGCCAUGAGCGGAAGUGUCUGGGAUUCUGCAGAAACGGUGGAUCGUGGAGGGAGAGCCUGGAGGAGUCUCUGCGUCUCCGCCGCCGUCGCCGCCGCGCUCCGUUUGUCAGCGCGGAACAUGCGCCAUCAGAUCUGCGCCAUCGACGCGAUCGGCCGCCUGGACGCACGAGCGGAUUAAGUUACUGCUGCUGGCGGGGGAUUAUUUUAUUGGCCUGCUCCUGUCACGCCCGAGUCCUUGGUGAUCCUUUUUCCAAUUAACAGAGGUCUCGCGGCAUAAGCCAGUCCUCCGUCCCUCCGCAGACAUGUCUUUCCGGCGAGGCGUGGUCCGCCAGAGCAAGUUCCGCCACGUCUUCGCCCAGGCGUGGAAGGCGGAGCACUGCAUCGACGACGUGCGGGUGUCGCGGGUGACGUGGGACAGCCCGCUCUGCGCCGUCAACCCCAAGUUCAUCGCCGUCAUCGUGGAGUCGGGCGGGGGCGGGGCCUUCCUGGUGCUCCCCCUCAGCAAGAGCGGCAGGGUGGACCAGUCCUGUCCCAUGGUGUGCGGCCACGCCGCACCCGUGCUCGACAUCCAGUGGUCGCCCCACGACGACAACAUCAUCGCAAGUGCCUCGGAGGACUGCACAGUCAAGGUGUGGCAGAUCCCAGACUCCGGGCUGACGAGCCCGAUGACCGAGGCCAUCGUGACCCUGGAGGGUCACAGCAAACGAGUGGGGAUCCUGGCCUGGCACCCCAGUGCCUUAAACAUCCUCCUGACAGCAGGUUGUGACAACUUGAUGUGCGUGUGGAACGUGUGCACCGGCGAGCUGGUGUACCAGCUCCCCGACGCCCACCCGGACCUCAUCUACAGCGUCAGCUGGAACCGGGACGGCAGCGCCGUCUGCACGGUCUGCAAAGACAAGGCCCUGCGCGUGAUCGACCCUCGGAGAGGCACCGUGCUCAAGGUCAGAGAGAAAGUCCAUGAUGGGACCAGGCCCAUGAGGGCCGUGUUCCUCUCCGAUGGGAAGAUCCUGACCACAGGUUUCAGCCGAAUGAGUGAAAGACAGCUGGCUUUGUGGGACACAAAAGACCUGUCCGAGCCGAUGGCUGUGCAGGAAAUGGAUACUAGCAACGGCGUUCUCUUACCAUUCUACGACCCCGACACAAACAUGGUGUACCUGUGUGGAAAGGGCGACUGCACCAUCCGGUAUUUCGAGGUGACGGACGAAUCGCCAUACGUUCACUUUCUGAGCUUAUACAGCAGCAAGGAGCCACAGAGGGGAGCGGGCUUCCUCAGUAAAAGAGGGGUGGACGUCAACAAAUGUGAAAUUGCCAGGUUCUAUAAACUUCAUGAAAGGAAGGUGGAGCCCAUUUCUAUGACUGUACCACGGAAGUCAGAUCUGUUCCAGGGCGACCUCUACCCGGACACGGCCGGCUUGGAGCCGGCCCUCCUGGCGGACGAGUGGAUCGCCGGCCAGGAUGCAGCGCCGCUGCUGGUCUCCCUGAGCGGCGGAUACUCGGCCCCUCCAUCCAAGCACAGGGACACCCUCAGAAGCAAGCCCAAGCUGGCCUCUCAGGACUCCGGCACCGGGACCGUCACGUCCUCGGCGCCCGUUGCCACGCCUACCUCCACCACCAGGGAGCCGGAAGAAGAGACGCCACAACCACGAGCUCCGGCCAGAGAGACGGACGGAAAUGCCGAACGGCCGAAGAGAGAGGACGACCUGUUGAACGAGCUGUUAGCGGAGAUGAAGGCUUUACGGGCAGUCGUACUUGCGCAAAGCCAGAGGAUCGAGUUGCUGGAGAGACAGCUGGCUCGGAUCGAAGACGGAGACGUAUGAGGCGGGGGGGACGGCAGAGGACUCACUACAUUCAGACAGCGAUCCUACUAAAUCUCAUAGACCAUAGCCUUACUAGAAUCAAGAGUACCUUAAGCUGUGUGAGUGGAAGGAUGUAGUGAAGUGUAGCACCUGACUGUGAAUCACAGUGAUUGAAUUUAUGGUAAACCGAAGUGAUUAAGACCGCAAUCCUUCGGUCAUGGUGUAGAAUUGGGCGUCAUCUGCAUAGAGUAGCGUAAAGAAAUUUACUUCCCAUCAGGACGAUGCUGCAGCUGCUGCUGCCGCCACUACCGGGCGGCGGUACUGCGCAGCCUCGCGGUACUCAUGCUUUAAUUUAGAGGAACUCUGAGUUGCAGUGGCGGCGUUGCCUCAAGCUAAUGCACUAUUGGUAACUCAAAACAAGCAUGCUGAACAAAGGUUAGCUAACUAUAGCAACGGAAUUAAGUACCUCCAAUGUCCUUUUUUUAUUUUCAUUUUUCUCUGAAGCACUCAUAAUGGUAACUGUAAAUAGACUGUGUAAUUAUCCAACGCUAACAAGCUGACAGGUUAACCUUUUAGCAACAGGUAGCUAUCUGGCUAACCCGAGUUUCAAAACAAUACCCAAGGUUCAAGUUCCUGAUGAUAAACGACUGAAAUCGUGGUUGAUAUGGAGUGUUUCAUCGUGUUUUAUUGCUUCUAUGUCGUGGUUUCUAGCUGGUUCCGCGUGGCUCUUCAGAGAGGGUUCGCGCCCCCUCUGGCCGGCCGGGGAAUUGCACCCUCUAGAUCAGUCACUGGGUUUAGUAACCAUAAAUUCCAUGUGGGUUACAUAACCAUUAGGGCUAUUUAAUCAGGUAGUUUAAGCUGCUAAACUGUGAUGUCAGAUCAGACUCUAGUCUUCUUUUUUUUUAUUAUUAAUUAUGUGAAAAGGAUGACUUAUUGUGAAUCAGAGCAUUCCCUGCACUCUUGAUGGUUGUCAGUUCUCUUGAGUAGAGGAGGGAGAAAAAAAAUAGAAACACGACUUGUGCUAUAUACACUACAUGUAAAAAAAAUAAAAUAAAAAUACAUGUUGUAUCUGAAACGGGAGCGACCAUGCUGCAAAGUCAGCCUGAGUGCUCUGAUCAGAACUGCAUUUGACUGUUUGCACCCACAUGAAAAAAGGAAGUAACACAAUAUGAAAGGUUUUUUUUUUUUUACAUUUGUAGUUGCAUUCAUAUUAAAAAAAAAGACAAUAACAAGCACCUUUUGACUUUUUUUUUCAAUUUUGUCUUUACCAUCGCUGUCUUAGAAGUAUUAAUCUAUUAUUUUUAGUAUAAUAAAUGGUACAUUCCUCAUUAUCGUCCCGUCAUGACUUUCUCUGUGCACUGACCUCUUGUAACAUUAAGUAGCAGAUAAACUGAUACUGCAUUGUCAAAACUCAAUAAACAUUCAUUCCUUCUUUGUACAAAAUG